CGAUUCGGUAACGAAGCGGGCCACCUGUGAAAAGUAACAUGGAUCCCCAUCUCCAGACCCUGAGCUAUACGAAUAUCUCAUUAUGCUUUUUGGUGCAAAGGAGUGUGGUCGCCUCUUGUUUACCUUUUUUGCGUGUUCACAAUGUCGUCAAAUAGGAAACGUGUGAUUAUAAUUAAAGAAAAGUUGAAGAAAUUAGAGGAAAUGCUACAGGACGUCUCUACAAGUGGGAGUGACCAGGAUAUAGAACCCCGUAGAAAGAGAAUUCGCCGCAUAAGUGUUUCCUCAUCAGAUUCGGUUCACAGCGAUGUUAAUCAGGGUAAUAUCGUAGAGGUCAAUGUUCACAGAGAAGCAGAACUUUCUCCAAUACCCUCUGAUAAAAUAGAUAGUAUAAAUAAAAUACUGGGAACUGAUCCAUCCAUGCCUAAGGUUAUGGGCAAGCCAGUGAGUGAUCAGGUGGCCUCUAGGCUAAAUUAUUACGCAACCAAUGGGAUGUCUAGCGAUGAAAAAGAAAAAAUAAGACUCGAGUGGCCAACACCUGAAAACUGCCUCUCUUUCAACUCACCUACCUUAAAUCCAGAGAUUUUAGCACUUCUUUCGCCUACCGAUCAGAAAAAGGAUUCCUUUAUGUGUCAUAUUCAAAAUGACAUAGCUGGAAGCUUAAGUGCUUUAUCAUCAGUGAUAAGCAAACUGUUAGAUAUAGCAGACCUCCCUAAUGUUGUAAAAGAAAUAAUACCUGAUCUAAUGACAGCAGGAAAACUUCAGUGCAACGCCCAUUUUCAGUUAUCAAUGCAUCGCAGACAUAGUUAG